AUGUCGAAUGCUAAUAUCGGUGAAGCACCUAAUGUCAAUAACACGUCUAAUGUUGAUAACGUAGAACAACUUCCUCCGGAACUGCAAAAGGUUCUUAAAAAUAUGAGCCCAAAGCAAAGAAGAAUAUAUAAUGGUUCGAAACAAAAACUCCUUAUAUUGGAAGCACUUUUAGAAGAAAGAAAAAAACCGUUUUUACGUCGGUAUCUAUAUCCCAUGAAACCGUAUAAGGAAUCCACUGAGAAAUAA